AUGGAAAAUAUAGAAAAAGCGAUGCAAAAGGUUGAAGAGGAAAUAAAGAAGAUGAAGGAGAUGGAGAGAAAGGAUGAGGAACAAGAGAGGAAACAAGAGGAGAAGAAAGAAAAGAAGAGUCAGGAUAACGACAUGGAGGAAAAAGGAAUAAAUAUAAAGGAGGAGAUAAAAAAAGAAAUGGUGGAAGAAUGGCUUAAGAAGGAGUUAGGGAUAGAAAUCAGGCUGAUAAAGAUUUGGAUAAUAAAAGGAAGAAGAGAAUUAGUAGAGGCGCAGUGCAGCAGCAGAGAAGAAAAGGAAAAGAUUAUGGAGAAUAAAAACAGACUAAAAGGAACCAAAAUAUACAUAGAUCACGAUCUCACAUUCAAAGAAAGGAGGAACAGAGAAAUAGUAUGGAAAAAGGCACGAGAAUAUAAAGAUGAAGGAAUGACAGAGAAUAAGGAGGAUAAAUUAGAGUAUAUAAAGAGAUUUGAUAUAAUAGGAUUAGUAGAAACUUGGAUAAUAAAAGAGAAAGAAGAAUGGAUUAAAGAAAAGCUUAAAGAUUUUGAUAUAGAAUGCGUAGAAGCAAGAAAAGAUAAUAAGAAGGGAAGAGCGAAGGGAGGAAUAAUCUUAGGCAUAAGGAGAGGAUUAAUGGAUGCACAAAGGAGAUUAAGAGCGACAGAAGAAGUAAUAGCAGUAGAAGUGAAAAAGAAGGAAAAAACCUACAGGAUAAUUGUCACAUACAUGAAUGAGAAGAAAAAGGAAAACUGGAAAGAAAUCAAGAAAGUUUUGGAAGACAAUGAGAGGACGAUAACUAUAAUUGGAGGAGAUUUCAAUGCGAGGAUAGGAGAAGAAGAAGGAUGGCUAGAGGAAGAAGAAACUUUCAACCUAAGAAGCGAAAUGGAGAAGGAAAGAAAUAGAAAAUCAAGGGAUAAAACAGUUAACAAAGAAGGAGAAAAAAUGUUGGAGGAAGUAAGAAAUAAUGGAUUGUAUAUAGCAAACGGUAACAUGAAUGGAGACGAAGAAGGAGAAUUUACAUAUAUAGGCCCAAGAGGUAUGACAACGAUUGACUACCUGUUAACGAAUAUAAGCGGGAAAGAAAUUAUACAGCACAUGAAAAUUGGAGAUAAAAUAGAGUCAGAUCAUAUGCGAAUAGAAGUAACAUGGAAGGAAAAAACAGAAGAGAGGAGAAAGGAGAUAAGGAAAGAAAUAACGGAUUGGACACAGGAAGGAAUCAGAAAAUAUCAAGAAAACCUAAAGGAAGAAGAAAUAGUUAGGGCAAAAAACUGGAAAGAACUAAAAGAAAUAAUAAGGAAAGCUAUACCAAAAAAGACAAUCGAAGAAAAAGUUAGGAAAGAAAGAUGGUACGAUAAGGAAUGCAGACAGAAAAAGAGAGAACUGAAGAAUUUACUAAAGCUCUGCAAGAAGGAAGGAAAAGGGCAGAAGAGAUUUUAUGAAGCAAGAAAAGAAUACAAGAAACUACUGAAGGAGAAGCUAGAGAAGGAAGGAGAAAAAAUUAUAGAAGAAAUGAGAAGGGAUAAAACGGAGAAGAAGUUUUGGGAAAUCGUAAAUCAAAAUAGGAAUGGAAGAGAAGGAAUAGACGAAAACAUAAGAAGAGAAGAUUGGAUAAAACACUUUACAAAACAGUUAGGAGGAACAGAAAUAGAUAUAGGUGAGGAGGGAGAGAGAACUGAGGAGGUGACCAAUGAGGAACUGGAAAAAGGCGGAAGCAGAGGAGCGGAUUGCAAGAUAACAGAAGAGAUUACAGAAGAGGAAAUUGAAGUGACAAUAAGGAAGCUAAAAAAGAAGAAGGCAGUAGGGCCAGACGGAAUAGGUAACGAGGCAUGGAUCUACGGAAUUGAAAAGCUAAGAGGAAAAAUGAAGGAAAUUUUAAAUAAAAUGUGGAAUGGAGGAAAGUUAACAAAAGAAUGGAAGGAAGAAGAGAAAAAAGGUCUUAGUGAGACUCAAUUAGGAUUUAGGAAGGAAAGAGGCACAAUUGAUGCGGUAUAUAUCCUAAAGAAUGCGAUAAAUGAAUCAAUAAGAAGAGAAAAAGGAAAGUUAUGCGUGCUAUUCGCAGACAUGAAAGGAGCAUUUGACAGACUAAAAAGGGAAGAAAUUUGGAACAUGCUGGAGAAAAUAGGUAUAGAAGAAAAUAUAACGGAAAGAAUAAGGGACAUAUAUACAGGAACAAAGAGCACAAUAAAGAUAAAGAGAAAAGAGUAA